AUGGGUAUCGAUCUGAACAAGAAGCACGUGCGGUCUACGCACCGCAAGGCGCCCAAGAGCGACAACGUCUACCUCAAGCUGCUCGUGAAGCUGUACCGCUUCCUUGCUCGCCGUACGGACUCUUCAUUCAACAAGGUCAUCCUGCGCCGUCUCUUUAUGAGCCGCAUCAACCGGCCUCCCGUCUCGCUCUCGCGCAUUGCGGCCAACACGCGCAACGGUGACAGUGCCAAGAAGACGAUCGUCGUUGUCGCCACCAUCACCGACGACAACCGCCUGCUUAAGGUGCCCAAGCUCGACAUUGCUGCCCUGCGCUUCACGGCUACGGCCCGCGCUCGCAUCGCUGCUGCCGGCGGCCGUGCCCUGACCCUGGAUCAGCUUGCGCUCGAGAAGCCGACUGGUGCCAACACGCUGCUCCUGCGCGGCCCCAAGAACGCUCGUGAGGCGUUCAAGCACUUCGGCUUCGGCCCGCACAGCCACAAGAAGCCCUACGUCGCAUCCAAGGGCCGCAAGUUCGAGCGUGCUCGUGGCCGGAGACGGUCUCGCGGCUUCAAGGUCUAA